CAGAAGGCAAACACCUCCCUGCAAAGUCUUUUCCUUACUGGCUUCUCGGGGGCGGGGGGGGGAGUGGUCUUUGUCUCUCUCGGGGAAAGCAUCGCUGGCACCUUUUGGGAACUGGAUUUGGCAGCGUACCUAAUUGGGGCAGACAGAAAUUGGCAGAAGAUGAACGUGUUCCUCUGGACCUCUUGAAGGCUUUCGUGGAACACUGAUGGAUGAGCAAGACACAGCUUGGCCUGAAGCAGGAAGAAGCCGCGAUGCCAUCAAGACUGGGUGCAGUGAGGGAUUCUGGGAAAGAACCGUGCGGAAGGUCCUGGGUGAGGAGGACACCCUCAGCUCAGAUGUGCAACACCAGCAGUUGAGGCAGUUCUGCUACCAGCAGGCCGAGGGCCCCAGAGAGGUUUGCAGCCGACUCCACCACCUUUACCGUCAGUGGUUGAAGCCAGAAAGGCAUACCAAAGCUCAGAUGCUGGAUCUGGUGAUCUUAGAGCAGUUCCUCACUAUCCUUCCACCAGAGAUAGAAAGCUGGGUGAGGGAAUGUGGAGCGGAGACCACUUCCCAGGCGGUGGCCCUGGCCGAAGGUUUCCUUCUGAGUCGGGCAGAGGACAAGAAGCGGGCAGAGCAGGAGGAAAAAGAUCCCUUUGCAGAAAUGGGCUCUGAUCUCCCUGAAGCAGAGAGGACUCCAUCAGACACCAGACAGAGACAGCUGGGCGACAGAAUGAUGCUGGCAAGACCUCCUCAGGCAUCUCUUCUUUGUGGCAGAGGGGAAGCAGUUGCUGUGGCACCGGAUCAGGGAUCAGUGUCCUUUGAGGAGGUGGCUGUGUAUUUCACGAAAGACGAGUGGAUUCUGCUGGAUCCUGACCAGAGAGCGCUGCAUGCGGAAGUCAUGGAGGAGAAUUGUGGGAUCGUGGCCUCUCUCGAAGGGGACAAAUUGGAAACCAAGAAUAAGGGAGUCAACAACAAAAAACCCACAACAGGGGAGCGGAAUAAAAAUGUGGAGUGUAAACAGAAUUUCAGUCAGAAUUGCAACCAGAGAAUUCAUAAGAAGGAAAAACUAUACCAGUGUUUGGAAUGUGGAAAGAGCUUCAGUCGGUGUUCCAAUCUCACUUCCCAUCAAAGAAUUCACAAUGGGACGAAACCAUAUCAGUGCAUAGAAUGUGGAAAAAGCUUCCAUCACAGCACCACCCUUACUAUACAUCAGAGAAGCCAUACAGGAGAGAAACCAUAUACAUGCUUGGAAUGUGCAAAGAGCUUCUGCUGGAAAAAAAGCCUAAUAACCCAUCAAAUAAUUCAUUCAGGUGAGAAACCGUAUCAGUGCUUGGAAUGUGGAAACAGCUUCACAUGCAAGGCGAACCUCACUUCCCAUCAAAGAAUCCAUACAGGAGAGAAACCAUAUCAGUGCAUAGAAUGUGGAAAAAGCUUCAUUCAGAGGUGCCAUCUCACUUCCCAUGAAAAAAUUCAUACAGGGGAGAAACCGUAUCAGUGCUUGGAAUGUGGGAAGAGCUUCCGUCACAGCACAACCCUUACUACACAUCAGAGAAGCCAUACAGGAGAGAAACCAUAUACAUGCUUGGAAUGUGGAAAGAGCUUCAAUCGGAGCUCCCGUCUCACCUCCCAUCAAAGAAUUCACAGUGGGGAAAAACCGUAUCACUGCUUAGAAUGUGGAGAGAGCUUCCGUCACAGCACAACCCUUACUACACAUCAGAGAAGCCAUACAGGAGAGAAACCAUAUACAUGCUUGGAAUGUGGAAAGAGCUUCAAUCGGAGCUCCCAUCUCACUUCCCAUCAAAUAAUUCACAAUGGGAUGAAACCAUAUCAGUGCUUGGAAUGUGGAAACAGCUUCACAUGCAAGGCGAGCCUCACUUCCCAUCAAAGAAUCCAUACAGGAGAGAAACCAUAUCAGUGCAUAGAAUGUGGAAAAAGCUUCCGCUGGAAAGAAAGUCUUGCUUCCCAUCAGAGAAGUCAUACUGGGGAGAAUCCAUAUAAGUGCUUGGAAUGUGGAAAGAUCUUUAGCCGGAGCCACCAUCUCACUUCCCAUCAAAGAAUUCAUACUGGGAAGAAACCAUAUCAGUGCUUGGAAUGUGCAAAGAGCUUCUGCUGGAAAAAAAGCCUAAUAUCCCAUCAAAUAAUUCAUUCAGGUGAGAAACCGUAUCAGUGCUUGGAAUGUGGAAACAGCUUCACAUGCAAGGCGAACCUCACUUCCCAUCAAAGAAUCCAUACAGGAGAGAAACCAUAUCAGUGCAUAGAAUGUGGAAAAAGCUUCAUUCGGAAGUGCCAUCUCACUUCCCAUCAAAAAAUUCAUACAGGGGAGAAACCGUAUCAGUGCUUGGAAUGUGGGAAGAGCUUCCGUCACAGCACAACCCUUACUACACAUCAGAGAAGCCAUACAGGAGAGAAACCGUAUCAGUGCUUGGAAUGUGGAAAGAGCUUCAAUCGGAGCUCCCGUCUCACCUCCCAUCAAAGAAUUCACAGUGGGGAAAAACCGUAUCACUGCUUAGAAUGUGGAGAGAGCUUCAUUCAGAAAGCAAGUCUCACUUCCCAUCAAAGUAUUCAUACGCCUAUGGGAUCUCUGGGGUGGCUUAGGUUUUACACUAUUAAUCUAAGAUGGUCUUCAGAUGAGAUGUUAUGAUAUUAAUAAUGUGAUGAUUAUGUAUAUGAGCAGAUUGUAUUUUAUAUUGUACGUC